UUCAAAUCGAGGUCAAAUUCAGCAUGGAUGUUCGAACUGGCAACUGAAAGCGUUAUUAGAAACCAAAUAUGAAGAAGUUUUUCGGGAAACUUGGAAAGAAAAAAGGUGAACCUGGAAGACCAACACCGCCACCAUCUCCAAAUCUGUCAAAUCUUGGGGCAAUUGGAGCUGCUGGAGGAUUUUAUGUUGGUUAUGAAGUGAGAGAAAAGGACUUGCCAAAGCUUCACAAAGCUGUUUGGAAUGACGAUUUAGUAAAAGUAAAGUCCUUAGUUAAGAAGGACGUGAACGGUUUAGAUAAGGAAAACAGAACACCUUUACAUCUUGCCUGUGUGAAAGGUAAUAAACCAGUUGUCCAGGAAUUAUUGGAGUGGCAUGCAAAACCAAAUAUUGGAGAUAAUGAAGGCAAAACUCCUCUUCUUAAGGCUGUUGAAUGUAAGAAAGAAGAUUGUGUCAUGUUAUUACUACAACACACUGCUGAUGUUGACACACGAGACAGACUCGGAGAUACUGCUGUACAUGUUGCUGUUAAAAAUAGUUUUACCAAUAUUUUACGUCUCCUGAUUAAAAGUGGAGCAGACAUCAAUAUCAAAAAUAAGAAUGGUUUUGCUCCUUUGCAUCUUGCUGUGAAGAAUAAGAAAGAUGAAGUGACAAAGAUAUUGUUACAAAACAGAGCUGACUUUGAUGUCAUGGAUGCUGAUGGGAGGACCCCAUUGAUGUAUGCUUGUUAUGAAGGGGCAAUCACUCAGGUGAAAGAUUUGAUAACAGUUGGUGCAGACACCCAAAUUAAAGAUACAAAAGGAUUCAAUGCUGAAGAUAUAGCCAAUCAGAAGGGUCAGCACGCCUGUUCUCAUCUGCUGAUAGAACAUAACAACAAACAGUCAGGUAGUGUGGCCAGUACACCAAGGAUGCCAUCCAUAUCAAGUAGAACUACCACCCCUAGACAGGAGAAUAAUAGUGAUUUAAUGUUUGGGUUGCCUGCUACAAAUAUGGCAAAUGAUUAUGACUCUGAUGAAGAUGGCACUUUUAGUAAAAGUGCUGGAGAUGACUCUUGGAAAUCUGACGCUGACAUGAGUCUUAGUCUACAUGGAAAGAGAACAGGAGGUUUCAAACUACCUUCACCUACUUUAGAUGAUACAGAUGAGGAAGUUGAAAUGCCGAGGGAUGAGGGUGCAACGCCAAAAGUCAAUCUUGCCAAAGCAUUAAAUCGUCUUUCUACUGGAAGUGAUGCGUCAGAUAAUGAAGCUCUUCGUUCCUGUUUGAGAAAGAACAGUUCAUUUUCAGAUAAAGAAGGUGACAGUCACAGUGAAGGGCAUGAUAUACCUGUCAAAAGACUCUCCGCCAAAUCUAUCCAAUCCGUUACCUCGGCUGAGAUUGAAUGGUCAGACGAAGAUGAGAAUUCUCCUGUCAACACACCUAGAAAAUCAUCCUCAUCAAAAGUUUCCUUUAUAGAUAAAGAUGUAUCAGAAAUACAUGAAAUUACUGCAACAGAAAGUGAAACUGACGAUGGUGGAGAAUACCAAGGGUCAGAGGCCAAACGUCCAAAAUAUGACAACACAUUUCAACAACAACAGAAUACUGGAUACACCCCAACAGGUUUGACAGGUGUUGCUAAUGAUGAACUGAGCCAACAGAAAAUGAAAGUUGAGAAUGAGUAUGCCAAUGGUACCGAUUUUAUGAAGGAUAUUGGACUGGAUGAUGAUGAUGUUGAUGACUUCACUUCUACUCCUGACAUAUCUGAAAUGUCUGAACCUAUAGAGACUGCCCCUAAACCACCAGAGAACCAGCGAGCACAGAGUAAACAGCAUGAUAGUGACUGGGACUCCACAGAGCCUGGUGUUACUCCUAGAACUCAGAAGAGUAUACUCAAAACUUCUAAUAGACAGAAUGAAGGAGAAGCACAACAACAAAUACAGCAAAAGAAACAACCGUUGUCUCCUAGAUCUGAUGAGGAGACAUCAGAAUGGGAUAGUGAUGUAGAAGACAUGCUUGAUCCUAAAAAGAAAAAAGAGAAAAUUGAAAGUAUGGACAUAGAACAGGAAAGUCCACGACAUCUUGGAAAGAGAUAUGAAGUCCAUGGGGAUGGAAGUGUAAGUGGUAUAGGUGAUUCACCGAUCGUUAUACGAGAGACACAAGAUUUAACUGAUGAUAAUAUUCCUGAGACUCCCGUUACAUUGGAAAAAGAAACCCCUGAAGCUAUGAUUGAGGACAGCGAGGAGGAACAACAGUCAAUAGCUAAGCAGAAUAAAGAACAGCAGUCACUAGCUAGGCAGAAUGUUAUUGAUUCACCCUUUGAUAGGACAGAUUCAUGGGAUUCUGACACUGAUGGUGGUCUUACAGAGGACGAACAAGUGGAUGGUAAUAAAAUGUUUGAAAUCGGUGAUGACGGAAGUAUUCAGGGAGUAGGUAUGUCACCUAUUCAAUUACACGAGGAUGAUGAAGACCAGGAAGUUGACAGUGAGGUUGCUGAAGUAUUCAAAGCAGAAGAUGAUAAAAGUAUGUCUUAUAAAGAGGACAUUAGCCACUCUGUCAAACAGAUUCUACCAUCACCUGGGGAAGAUGUAGGUGAAGGUCAACUUCCCCAAGAGUCUGACCUAGGUUUGGAUGAAGGUCGACAAUCACAAGGGUUUGACCUUGAUGUUCAGGAUGAUGAUCAGGAUACCUCUAGUAAAACGGAUCAGGAGGGAAUUGAAGGUCAAAGGCCAUCCAUUGUUGAAAGACAUGAGGCAGUUGAAGAGUUUGUUGAGCAGAGUAUCUCACAGAACAUAGGAGGCCAUUCUGAGUCAGGAGGUAGUAAUUGGGAUUCCUCUAAUGAUGCUGCCACACCAAGAGGGCCUCCGUCCAGAUUGACAACUUCAGCAAUAGUGGUAGGGAUAGAUGAAGAUGAAGAUGAUGAAGACUUUGAUGAGGAGGCAGAGGUACCAGAACAGGUACCAGUUCAACAGGAAGUUGUAGAAAAACAACAACAGGAAGUCAUUGAACAAACUGUGGAUGCAUUGAACCAUACUGGAGGUUCUCAUAUCAGUUAUGUAACAACAGAGAGUCAUUCAUCUAAAAAUACUGUAAUAAAAGUUACAAAGGAACAGGCUCAGGAUCAACCAGAGGAUGUCGACGAUGAAGAUUCGGAGUGGGAUUCAGAUGAAGAUAUUGAUUGUGUUGAUAAUGUUAGUCCUCCUAUUGGUGUUUCCCCGAUCGUCAGAGGCUCUGAAUUCUCUGUAGAAGAAGAAGAGGAUGAAGAAGACGAAGAAUCUGUCAGUGAAUGGGAGGUAGAAAGAUUGAGAGAAAAGGAGCGUAAACAGAAAUUAGAAGAAGAGGCAGAAAGAAGGAGAGAAGAAGAAUUAGAAAGACAAAGGGAGGCAGAAAGAUUGGUUGAGCAAGAAGAAUGGGAGGAACUUCAGCGACAAGAACAGCUCCGGAGGGAAGAAGAAGAGGAGGCAUUGAGACAGAAGUUAGAAGAGGAGGAGGCUUUGAAAAGAAAAAAGGAGGAGGAUGCACAAAGACAAAGAAUGGAGGAAGAGGCUCAGAGGCAGCAACUAGAAGAAGCUCAUAGGCAACAAGUAGAACAAGAGGCUCAUAGGCAACAAUUAGAACAAGAGUCUCACAGAAAACAAUUAGAACAAGAGGCUCAUAAGCAACAAUUGGAAGAAGAAGCUCAAAGGCAGGAGGAAGAAAAACAGAAGAAAGAACAAAUGCAAAAGAAUGGCAGUGAUAAAUUGACAAAGAAAAAUUCAUUCAAAGAUGAAGAAAAUUCCUCACCAAGAAGGAUAUACAAAGCUAAUGUAACUUUAAACAAAACUCAGCAGAAAGAAGGAAUCAAUGCCAAACCUGUUGUUGAAGAAUCGUUAGAAAAGACAGACGAUUUAAUGUCCUUUACUGCCCCAGUGUCUGCCCCUGUUGUCAAGGAGACUGCAUCAGCUGUUCAGUCAUCUUAUACAGCUCCCCCUAUAGUAGAGGAGACCAUACAGAAGGAGGACAAGUCAAGGUCAUACACUCAGAUGAAAGGACAGGUGGAGGAGGGCAUUACUUCUUUCUCCUCGAGGCAACCAGUAAAGACAACAAACACAAAACGUGAUGUAGAGAAAUCUUUAGACCCUUCAAAGGAACAGAAAAGACGACCAAUGUCUGUAGAAAGUAUAGAUAUCACCGCUGAUGAUGAUGAUGAGUCCGUUGAUAUGGAUCAUGUUGGAGAUCCAGAAAGGCAGGAUAUGGGAUCAUAUCUGCGGACUCUCCCAUCCAGUUACAGUGCUUACAAAUAUAAUGGUAUUUUUGAUGAUGACCUUAUCUCCUUGACCUCCACAGAAGUUGAUGACAGUAUGGCUUACCCAUCAAACACUCCGUAUGGGAAAGACAUACUCGCAAAUAUGAAUCUCAGUGACCCAGGAACAGUGCUGAAACUUCAGGACCAUAUGCAUGAACAGAAUAAACGACUUGAUCAUGAAAGGAAUGCACGAAUAACAACAGAGAACAAAUAUAAAUCUUUAUUAAAAGAGAAAAAUGUACUUCAAAAGAAAUCUGAUGGCCUCAAUCAACAGAGAGCCAACUUGGAACAGGAAAAGCUGGAUUUGGAAACCAGAAUCAGGAACUUAGAUUAUAAGCUCAGUGAAGAAUCAGAAAUGAGGAAAAAUGCUGAGACGUUGCUGUCAAAAACAAAAGAACAGCUCAACAAAAAAGAGGAACAGUAUACUUGUGAGAUUGAAGCCAAACAAGCAGCUGAAUUACAGAUGAGAAAUUUACAAAUGGAGCUCAGAUCUGCCAACAAUUCAAUUAAACAGCUUGAAGAAGAGAAAGAUGAGUACCAGCAGCAAGUUCAACAUGAGAAGAAUGCACGACAAAUGCAGGAACAGAUUAAUGAGGAACAACACCGACUUCAUGAACAGUUAACGUUCAAACAGGCAGAAAUUGCUUCUAAACAGUUUGAUGCUGAAAAUCAGUUGGAGGUUGCUGAUGAAGACAGAAAACAUGCCCAUGACUCUCUGAGUAUACUCAGGGCUGAACUCACUGCUCUUAAGACUGAGUUAGAGAAGGAAAGAAAGAGACGACGUGAUGAAGCCUCUAUGAUGUCUGGUGAAAGUGAGGAGCUUCAGGGUAGAAUUGAGGAUUUAAAGAAUGAAAAUAAGAUGACAGAAGAUGCUCUGACCAAGGCCACAAUGGCACAUAGUUUACAAGUCAGUAAUCUGAACACAGAAAUUACCAUCAUCAAUUCUCAAUAUGAGAAAGAAAGAGCAUCUAAAGAAAAAGUGGAUGCUGAGCUUGAAUCCUUGAAGACGAGAUUACAGAGUAGUAGCUGGGAGGUUGACAAAGCAGAGCAGGCCAGGAGUGAAGUAGAGAGGAGGUUACAGUAUGAGAAGGAAGAAUGGACAAAGCAGUUAGAAAGCAGUCAGAAAGAUAACACUCUUCUAAAGGACCAACAACAGACUCUUUUACAUAGAUUAUCUAGUCUAGAAUCCAAAUUAAACUCGGUAGAAAAUGAGUUACAUGUUGUCAAUACUUCCCUGUUAGAGAGAACCAACCAGUUACAGCAAUGUCAGAAAGACCUGGAAUACUAUAAAUCAGCACAGGAUAAUUACGACCAGAACUAUAAAUUAGAAAAGGAACUUAACUCUAAGCUCCAGACUAAAGUAGAAAGUCUACAAGAAAAAGUAACAGGUUUCCAACAUGAAAAUCUGACACUAAAACAGCAGUUAGAAUCCCUUCAACAUGUACUGAGUGAUAGAUCAGGAGAAGAUGCUCAUGAGAAGUUCACUAGCAUGCUAGCUUCUCUCAAAUCUGAGAAUGAAAAGGCUCGAUUAAACAUGGAAGAAAGAAACUCAAGUCUCUCUGAACAAGUGACGAGAUUAAAGGAUGAAAACAGAAGUCUGGAAGGAAGGAGGGGUAACCUCGAACAAGAUAAUCAGCGACUUAACAGGGAAUAUACAGAUAUGUUUAAAAAAUUAUCUGUAGCUGAAGCCUCCCAUGAAGUUAGCAGUAAGGCUAAAGAACAUCUAGAGUCAGAAAAACAUAAACUUGCCAUGGAUCUAGAGAGGACUCAACAGAAAUAUGAGACUGCACAACAAAAAUGUCUAGAGUUACAGACCAGGGUCACUGAAGUAACAGAGCAUGUCAAGAAGGCUGAGAAUGUCCGUGACCAAGCUAGGGCCGAGCUGUUGAACACAUCUGUUAAUCAAGACGAAGGCAACAAGAUCAGACAGGAUUUGGAGGGAACUUUACAUCAUAUACAGAUAGACAAUGCUAGAUUAGACGCUGAACUUAAACAUGAGAGACAAAGAGUUGAACAGUUACAGAAAGAUCUACAAGACUCACAGAAGGUGCGAAAUAGUCUGGAAUCCCUCUGUUCAAAUCUGAAAUCAGCAAAUAAUAUGUUAGAAGAUAAGAGGGAGCAUGUUCAGUCAGAUAAUAGCAUGGACGAUGAGGUAUCCACUCGUGUACUGUUAACACAGGAAGCAGAAGAAAACAAGGAACUCUGGGAAAAAGAGGUUAUAUCACGUUCUAAACUUGGUCUCAGGGUCUCACAGUAUGAGAAGCAAAGACAAGAAGCAUUGUCACAUUUAGAAGAGGAAAGACGAAAGGCAAGAAAAGCUACAGAAAAAGUAAAAGUUGCUGAAACCAAGCUGGAAGUAGAACAGGAAAAGAAUAUAGAACUUCAGAAAGAGUUGGCUACUAUGAAAGGUUACUUGAAGAUGGCUAAGAGGAAACUGAAAGUUCUGGACUCGAGUGAUUCACGUGUGAACACCAUCACCACAGAGUUUGACAAGGAAAGAUUAACCAUGGAAGGCACUCUCUCAGAGGCUAGACAACAGAUUGCCAGCUUACAGCAAACCGUGGAAAGUGAAGUGGACGAAAAAGAAAAAUUACAUUCCAAAAACGUACAACUUCAGACAAAAAUUGCUUCUCUGAAACACUUGGAGAAAAAUGUUGACAAAUUGGAAAAGAGUAAAUAUAGAUUGGAGGAAGACUACAAAAUGUACAAGGCCAAGAUGGAGAAUGGUUAUGUCAACAAAGAUGAGCUUAAUCAAAAGGAAAAGGAACUAGAGGCCCACUAUAGGCUACAAUUAAACAGGAAGUUAGAUGAGAUUAAUAAUUACCUGGAACAACAGGCACGUGCUAGGGAAAGGCUUGAUAACUCCAGGGAUGAAACAGAAUAUAAAAUUAAAGAUGCCAGGAGAAAACUGGAGGAUGAAAACACAUCUUUAAAAAUACAAAAUGAGCAGAUCAAAGCACAAAAGGACAGUAAGGAAAUGGAAGCCAAACGUUUCCGUGACCUGUAUGAUAGUGAAAUGCAGUGGAGGAUGAGACUGAGUGAACAGUUAGUACGGACUACAGACAAGGCUUAUGGGUACAAAUCAAAGUUAGUUGCUGAGAGACAGAGAGGACGAAUUCAGAACAAUUUAUCAUUUUCUACACCAGUUAAUGGUAAUGCAAUGGACUAUAGCAGAUUGAGUAUGAAUGGUGACGACAUUCUCAGUAACAGACUGAGGGUGGAAUUAGAUCGGAGCAUAGCCAAACAUUUAGAAGCAGCUCCCCAUGACAACAUACAGCCUGCGAUACGAACUCACGACGACAGUAUCAUGAACUCUUCGUUUGCCAAAUCUAGUGCAGAAUACUUAGAACUGUUAAAACGUAAAUACUGUGUAUAGCAGUGCCAUAUAUGGUAGAAUCUUUAUAACAUGUGUUCUAUUGACCGUCCAGCCAAUGAUAUUAUUGUGAUACUCUGUUAAAGAUUAAUACUGA